CUUUUUAAUAGACGUGUAAAAUUACAUUCUGGAGUUUAACGGCAUUUGUUUAAGAAACCUUGGUUGAGAAAAACAUAAUCAGUUGUACUUAAGACAACAUUAUUGCAACAAUAACCGCUACUAUGGAUUUUUCACCAUUAUAUUUUAUAGAGAAUGUUAGUGUCCAAAGUUUGUUAUUUGGAUUAGUUAUUUUACUGGUUAUGCGAUGGUUUAUGGCGCUACCAAAAUCUAACUACAAUUUACCACCGGGUCCUAGAGCUCUUCCAAUAAUUGGAAAUCUACUUCAGGUCCUUUCCAUUACCGAAUUUUAUUCAAUGUUGAAAGAGCUCAAAAAACAAUAUGGCGAUAUUUUUAAACUCAAAAUUGGUCCAUAUAACUACGUGUUUGUAUGUAAAACUGAAACGAUUUUGGAAGGACUAGUAAAGAAAGGACAACAUCUGAAUGGAAGGAGUUCACUCUAUGUUUUAGAUAAAGUAUUCCAAAACAAAGGUAUCGCUUUUAGUUCUGGAAAACAAUGGAAAGACCAGAGAAAGUUUACCAUGUCAGCACUUCGGGAUCUAGGAGUAGGCAAAAAAGUUCUGGAAGAAAAGAUAUCUUUAGAAACCCAGAGAUUAGGCGAAGCUUUUCAAUCUCAAAAUGGUAAACCGUUCUCCUUGAAUAAACAGUUGUCACUCUUCACUUCGAGUAUCAUAUACAAUAUCAUAUUUGGUAAAAGGAUCAAAUACAGUGAUUCUGAGUUCGUGGAGAUCGUUGAACAUUUUCACGAUGUGUUCAAAUAUAUUAGUGUAUUUGUACCAGAAAAUUUCUUUCCAUUCCUCAGAUUUUUUCGGUGGAAUUCUCCCAUAGAAAAGGUUAUAAGGAAGCAGGAGAAGGUCCGAAGUUACGUAAAAUAUAAAAUCAUAGAACAUAAAGAAACGUUUAAUGCUGAAAACAUAAGAGAUUUCAUUGAUAUGUAUUUGCUGACGCUUGAGAAGGAACCAAACAGUGAAACGUUAACUGAUGAGAAUUUGUUCCACACAAUUUGCGAUUUAUUUCUGGCUGGAACCGACACAACUGCUAGCCAUCUUACCUGGGCUUUUGUCUGUAUGGCCAAAUACACGGAUGUACAGGAGAAGUGUCGAGAAGAAAUUGUACAGAUCACCAAUGGGACCAGACCUGUUACAAUGGAAGACAAACCACAUAUGACAUACGUUGCAGCAACUCUUUUUGAGGUUCACAGAAUUGGGACAAUUGCUUCUGUAACUGCUCCACACACCGCUGAAGUUCAAACAACUCUUCAAGGUUAUGAUAUUCCAAAAGGUACUCUCGUUUCAUUCUUAUUAUUGGAAGCUCAUUCUGAUCCGAACCAUUGGGAUAAACCAGAGGAAUUCCGUCCUGAAAGAUGGAUUGAUGAAAAUAAUGAGUUAAAGAAAAAUGAGGCUUUUUUACCUUUCGGUUCGGGUCCAAGAAUGUGUUCAGGAAUGUCAUUAGCCAAUAUGGAAGCUUUCCUGGCUUUUACAAACAUCUUACAGAAAUUUCAGUUGGAAAGACCUGACGAAACACCAAUGACGCUAGAGGGCAACCUGUCUGGCCUCGUUUAUGCCCCAACGAAUGAUGAUAUCCGUGCAAUACCAUUGUGAUAUACUUUGGACAGCAAGAAGAUAUCUUUUGGAAAGUAGGGGAAAAUUUUCUUCGUAGAAUACUGGCAGAUCCGCGAUAGUAAAUUAUAGUAUUUCUCUAUGCUUUCACUCAUAGUAGUUCUCCAACAAUAUUAUUAGAUAGACACACAUGGUAAUAUAUGUAUGCUGGUAUAUCAAUAGGAAUAUCUGCGGAUAUGCACCGUGACAUAUAGAGAAUAGAAAUAGACAAACUUUCGAGAAAUAUGGUGGACAAAAUGUCUUCCUUUCCCUUCGUAAUUUCCUUGAGUUACAGUUUUCUUUAAGUUGCUAAUUCAUGUACACUCCUUCGUAUAAUUCACGCAAAUAAAACUAUAAGAUAAAUUAUCAUUUCGUUAUUGCAUUGGCUUUGCGAGAUUCUUUUUGUGAUUUCGUGUGU